AUGGUCACGAAUUCUGGCUAUGUCCUUCUGGCAUCACUCCUGCCAUGGAUAGUUGCUAGCAUUCGAGGGAGACUUGAUCUUUCAGAUCCACCGGAGGAGGUCCCCAAGAAUGAAGAUCGCCUGCAGUGCCUUCGGCAAGACAACUUGGACCUGGUUGGGACGAAGGACUUCGGCGAGCGCUUCGUCGUGCGCAUGGUCCUGGGUGUCCAUGAAGACGACACAGACAGUGACGUUUAUCUUUUUGCUGAGAACUUUCGGUUAAGCCGUGUGCAGGCCGAGUUGAAGUUAACUCGAACCGGUGUGGAUGCUUUGGAGUUCGAGCUUGUGGGAGACGACUCUAUCGGGAAGCAUACUGGACUCGGCCAAGCAGACCUGUGGGUCAGUGGCUUCCAGGUCGUCACUGGGAGUACUAUCAUCAGUUGGGCCUCGAGCCUCGCAGCGAACCGCGAUACCCUAGCAAAGGGCCAGAACGGCACGGUCCACUUCGAUCUCGCCGGGAAGAUACAUGCAAAGAAGAAGAAGGGCAGCUGGGUGGCGGAGUUGUUCCAAACGAAGGUGCGAUACUUCAGUUUCAGCUUCGAGAACCAACAAAUCCUGGACUUCGCGCUGAAUCGAUUUGGCGGCAUAGACCAGUGGCUCUUGGAUAACCUCUUCAAAUUGGUCGAGGCGGCCGUUCCUAUCAACCUCCUGGCCUCCCUACAGUUCCUGCCGCUGAGGGAGGGCCGGCCACCUGAGCUCCAGGACCUUUGGCUCAGCGGGCGGAUGAAGCUGUCCGGGCAAAUGACAGAGGUGAAUGGCGAUCUUGCGUUGGAGUCAUCGUUUGACUUGACGGCACACACUGUACCGGCAAGGCUUCUCGACGUUCUGAUCAACAACUUUGACGUGGAACGCCUCGCGGAGGAACUGGUGGGUGCUUUCCUGGCAGACCCCAAAGUGGCGAAGGCACUGCAAACUGGCGGCAAGAAUUUGAUCGAGAACCUGCGCGAGUACAGAUUCGUGGUCAGCGGCCAGCUUAAGUCCCUCACAGAGAAGGAGGUGAACCUGGAGUCGCUUCGUCCAAUCCUGCUGGAGCAAGCCAGGAAGAUCACCAGCGAUCUACUGGUCCAGUUUUUGCAGCCCUUCCUGAAGGCUCAUGCAGAGGGCAAGUCCGACUACUUCCGGGGUUUCAACGUGCAGCUGGGUGGCGGUCUUCACUGGGAUCCAUCGGUUGAGAAUGGCCUUGCACGGGUGCAGCUCCACCCUACAGAGCUGAAGCUACAAGCAGGAUUGGAUGAUGAUGAGAAUCCACUGUACAGCUUCGCAGAGGCCCCUCUGGAGUUGGCGGAUGCACUUGCGCUCCUUGAGCUGCUUCCGAAGCUCCCGGUGGAGGGCGAGUUGGCAGAAGUCGAGUUCAAGGCUUUCGAGUAUGACUCGAAUCAAAUUUCCUUGGCUCUCGCUGCCAUUCGCAACUGGGCGCAGAAACCCGAUACCAGCGCGAAUGCAACAUUGAAGUGGCAAAUUAUAGUGGCCGAGGCCGAGGAUAUUGUGCUAAGGCUUCCGCAGGCAUGGGCUCUGCCUUUUGCUAUGUCGUGCAUGGGUGGCGAGAUGGCAAUCGACCAUUCCGGCACGAUCCAAUUGUUGAGUCGUCGCAGUGGAAUCGAAGUCAGACAGACACAGCCCUUGUCCCGAACCAGCAGAGCAGGACCGCAGCGCAUCUCCAAGGUGCCCGAGUCUGCAGACGGGCGUGUGCCAGUGGAGUUCCGGAGACCGACGACCAGUCAGUUGGACAUGACCGUGGUUGACAGGAUCCAGCAGGUAGGCGGAAGUGUGAGCGUGAACAUUGUCGGGAAUGACAAGGGAAGCCUGCCAAUUAAGAUCAGUGGAACACUCCAGAUGAGACUAGAUGUCAAAUCCGUCGCGGCUUCUGCUCUGGCAGCUUUGCCCACCGAGGAUUUUGGAUACGUUUUCUUUGCCGAUGAGUUUACAUGGCACAAAUCCAGCGGGAAGGUUUACAAGGUCAUGGCAGUGCUGAGCUGUGGGUACCUUCGCUUGCUGGAGUGGCCACUGCGAUCUGAUCCGUUGAAGAGGCUGGAGAUGAAGACUGAGCAGCUGCAGUUCGAUUUGGCGAAGAUGACGAGCCAUCCGACUAUUGAGGACAAGGAGCUGGGACCGUGCUUGCUUCUGACGCGCAGAAAAGAUGGCUUCUUUGUUGGCUACUCCGACGUAACGGAGCGUUUGUGUGCGGCAAGAAGACAGGUACAAGCCCUCGGCAAGGCAAUCGCCAUGCAAAUACGUCGAUUCGACACUAAAUUUCACAACCCCCAGGCUGUCGAUUGGAGAUAUGGCACACAUGUAGCAGGCAAGCCGCAGUACGUGCUGCCCCAGGACACCGCGCAAACAAAUCUCCUGCUAGCCUUGGACAAUCACACGUGGAGCAAGACACAAGGAAGCUCCAGCCACCCCGCGCUGCUUCAAGCUGCGGCCACCUCAAAAAUCAGCUUUAGGUCGGUGACAGAAGGCCACGAGAUGCCCCAGCAUGUGGGAGCACGGCAUUGGACGGAGCUACCAAAAACUCUAACCCAAAAGGGUAGCUUCGAGUCCAAGGCUUGCCGUGCGCAAGAGGAGCUGGAUUCCAUCCGCUAUCCACCGGAGAAGUAUGGCAAUGCCUCGAUUCGUAUGGUCAUACCGGAAACUCCGAUUGGUGAUGUGCAUCUCCUCAUCGAGAAGAUCCAGGUCGUAAGCUUUCACAUUGUAGGAAGUCUUGUCCGCAACAGCGACACGACCUUCUCCUUCGAGCUUGGGGGCAGCGAUGGGCCUGGAACCGUGGACAUCUAUGUUCAAGGAAUCAAGUUCAAGGCACCGGACUCUGCACUCCCGGGCAUCACGAAGGCUGCUGCAAAAAUCGACAGCUUCUUACGGCCAGUCUUCACUUUGGGAACCUCCAAGGCCGACAGCCUCAAGGAGGGGCCUUUGAAGACCAGCUUCAAGAUGAAGGGGGAGUUCAAGCUGAGCGAAGGUGGGCAUUGGGAGGUGCUGCCCAAGGCCGUCUCUGACGUGAAGUUGGUCUUCGGACGCGGAGGUAUCGUUCAAGGGCUGAUCAACCAAUUGGUGGACUCCUACGGGAACAUGGAUGAGAUCUUUCUGACUUCGGUGUGGCCAGUGCUGGCGAGCGCCAUCCCAGAGAGUCUGGGCCAAGCUUUCGUGCAGAUUCCGAGAAGGGAUGGGCAGCUCCGGCACCGCUUCAACCUCCACGGCCACUGCUUGGUACCCGUCGAGGACGGGGAGCGAUGCGAGACCGACCAGGUCAGCAUUACCCUUCAAGACCUCACGGAAACAGCUAUCUUGCCAAAGCCUCUGGCAGAGAAGUAUCUUGUGAGCCAGAACUGCUCCAAGUCCUGUGAGGCGGUGGAACAGUCGAUGCCCAUGCUGCUGCUGCAGUCCUAUGUCAACUCCUCCGCGGAGGCCUCUGUUUUCAGUGGCACCUCCACGGACACUAUGCUCGAAGUGGACUACUCAGUCAAGGACUUCACCAAGAUCCGGGUUGAGAGUGGAGCUGUGGCGCCAAUGAAGCUUCUGGAGAUCGGCCUGGGCAGCUAG